AUGCCGGUAUCUCAGAGGCGCUACGCUGUAGAUCUUGAGGAUACUAUCGCAUUUCCUGAUAUCACUCACGUACCUAUCUUUUCCCCGCACAAGGAAAGAAACUGGUACAUUCUCACCGAGAUUGUAUCAGACGAGACUGUCUCUCGACCAACAUUUCGAGUAGAGGAUAAACUUGCGGGAAAUUAUCGGGUAGUCGUCUUUUCCACAAACGAUCCAGUCACAUACGCCAAGGAAUGCAAAGUGGGACACAUGAUUUGCAUCAAGAACGGGUUACCCAAGCAGUUCCUGGACGGACGAUACGGGUAUGAAAUCGAGAAUCCCUGGCACAUACUGGUUCAUCAAGUGCUCCGAGAGCUAAACGCGGAACUGCGUAAGCGCUCAGACGAUGGGCUUCUCUUAUCAUGCGUAGUUUGCAACACCCCGAAAGAGAACGUAGGAUGCUCCAAUUGCAAAACACGAUAUUGCUCAAGGGAAUGCAUGAAAGCUGAUUGGCAUAGUAGGCACAUGCAGAUAUGCAAUGUAUUAAGGGCGUUGCAUAAAUGGAACCGCAUGCUCUGGGGUUGA